GGCAUAACUAGUUGCGCUCAGACCUUUGCAACGUUGAUCGUCUCAAGCUAUAUUCGUCUCUUAAUUGUCUCACAUGAACAAAAGUUAACUGAGAUUUCCUACAGAAGAGUAGCUUUAUGAAUUUGCUUGGAAGAUUCUACGUGUUUCAUAGAGGGUUUAGCAUAGGAAUCUGAUUUUAUUUCACGUCUUGGUAGAACCACCCUAGAUUCACCCUAGACUAUUGGCAAAGAUUGGCAUUGCAUCUAAGUACAUUUUAAUCCCCAUACUUAUUGAUCUUAUCGCAAUACUGUCUCAUUUUCUAUCUACCAUGGCUGCUUGCUAAUACGCUUCAAUUGGCAUCCGCGUUACGACAAAAUAAUAUUCCUCCAUCUCCUGAUAACAUUCUUUCAUCAUGGACAUGGAGUCGACAAGUAGCCUUGAGGAUGUUUCCAUAGCGUCUCGAUUGCUUCUAAUAUGUUGGCCUCUGUACGGGAUUUCUGGAAUAUUAAUAAUGCUGAGAUUAAUCGCUAAAGCCAAGUAUCAUCUCGCGUUUGCUCUGGAGGAUCAUCUAGUUAUACUUGCUAUGAUUUCUGGAAUUUGUCAUAUAUCACUUAAUACUUGGGGUAUAAGCUUUGGAUUGGGAAGGCAUAUUGUGUUUCUUACCGAGACCCAAGCCGCGAUGGCUAUAAGAGCUGAAUUUAUCGGAGAGCCUUUCGGUAUCGUGUCACCAACACUCGGCAGGAUAUCCUUUGCAGUUUACCUCAUACGAUUACUUGGACACCAACAGAAUAUAAGACGAUUUCUCUACUUUCUCAUUGCCCAAAAUGCCCUUAUAAAUCUAAUGGCACUUAUACAAAUAUUUUUCGAGUGUUCCAAUAUUUCUUACAAUUGGGAUCGUGUUGGACAUGAAGACCAAUGUUGGGAUAUGAGCACACAAGCAGCUAUUGGUUAUUUUCAAGGAUCGUCGAGUUCUUUAACAGAUCUUGCUCUUACAAUUCUACCGGUUGCAAUGGUUAUCAAUCUUCACAUCCCCUUACAUUUGAAGUUUCUUUUAUCAUUUCUAUUGGGAGUUAGCCUCUUUGCAUUUAUCGCGGCUGUCAUCAGGACUUACUGCACAAUGGGCAAUAAUGAUGAUAUCACCUUUACUUCAGUUACGUAUAUCAUUUGGUGCGCAGUGGAAAACUGCACUGUCAUCAUAACGUCAUCAAUACCAUUUCUCAGGCCUCUUUUCCGAUCAGCUCCUAAACCAUACAUCGAAGUUAAAAAUAGCCCAGCCCCAAAGAUUAGACACCACAAUGAAAUAGAAUACAGAAGUUCGAAAGAGAUACUCGCAGAUCCCGAGGCCAAUCGGGAGAAAAUAGAUUACAUGGAAGAUAAAAGGGAAAGUGUCAAGAUCGAGGCCCAUUCGCUAGUGUAGCCUGAAUGGAAAAUUGGCGUAUAGAAUAGAGAUUUUGAGAUACAUGAUUAGACGAUUUAUGAUUUGGUAUAGGGCUGCGGUGGAGUUCAUGGUGCUUGGCGCGGGGUUAUUUCUUGUUCAUUGAUAGAGGUCAGUCCCUCGACAUACUGUAAGUACAGUACUGUCCAAUGACGCGCAAAAUUAUAAUAGCGCCAUGUCGUCUUCUGUUUACUUGCUUCGGAUAUCCUUUUGAUGUCGAAGCUUUCUUUGCACAUAGAUUACCAAUAUAGAAGACCAAUUUGAACAUAGAAAAAACUCUUCCAACGGAAAUUGUGCAGUAGUAGCUCCUGAUUCAGUAAGAAUUAAUGAACCAGACAUCUGCGCAUCAAAUCGACUGGGGUGGCUUCAAGUUAAUGACAGACCACUCUUCAAAUAUCUCAAAUAAGCAGUUCGUUCAACA